AUGAAUAAUCCACCUCCACCACCUCAUCAUCAAUUGUAUGGAGGUUUAGCACCACCAGGUUUACCAGGAGUAUCAUCAGGAGGACAAUAUCCUAGUCUACAACCAAAUCUAUUCUAUCCAGGUACAAUACCACCACUCACUUCAUUUACUAGUAAAUAUCAACCAACAUCUCAACAAGGCUCAACACCUGGUGGUUUACCACCACCUCAUGGAGCUUCACUAUUUCCACCACCAAUGUAUUCUAAUGCCUUGAUGCCUUCUUCAACAACAUCUGCUGCAACAGGUAAAUUAGGUGGAUUUGCACCAUCAGCAUUUGGAUCAUUACCAUUCAAUACUCAACCAACAACAACAACAACACAAUUUAAAAGAACAAGAGAAGAACAAGAUGAGGAUGAAGAGGAGGAAGAAGAGGAAGAAGAGGAAUCUGAAGAAAUUCAUUCAUUUCCACCUCCACCAACAAGUAAACAAAUUCCACAAAACAAUUUAAGAAGUGCUACUGCUCCUGCUUUACCUCAAUUUAUGCCAACUCAACAACAAUAUUCUAAACAACCUCCACCACCUCUUCCAAAGAUGAAUGUACCUCCACCACCACAACCUUCAAUAGCAAAUUCAUUAGCUUCAUCCAAUAUUACCAACACCAACACCAGCACUUCUUCAUCUAAAGAACAACAAACAAAGGAAAAGAAGCCUAAGAAACAACCAAAGCCUAAAAAAUCAAAGAAGGAUCAAUCUAAUAAUUCUGAUCAAGCCUCCAAUGUACAAUCCAAUAAUAAUAAUAAUACUAGUAAUACUAAUAACAAUAACUCAUCAUCAUCAACAACAACAACCAAUACAACAAUUAAUACAACAUUACCACCUGUAUUAAAUAUAUAUGGUCCAUUUACAAGUGCAGCUAAUGCAUUAUUUGGAAAUGAUUUAAUGUAUGAUGAAAGUAUUAGAAAAUUAGGACAAUUUAUAUUUUCACUUUCUGAAACUGAUAAUAUAGAAUUGGAAGGUAAAGUUGGAUAUUUAAUAGUUAAAGAUCGUAAACAAAGAAUGAUACCACAAUUAACAAAUGGAAGUCAUUUAUUAUCAGAAGUAAUAGUUCAUAGAUCUAAAGAUUGUGAAUUUCAAUCAAGAAUUCCACCUGAAAUAUUUAAAUAUGUAAAUAAUUUAUUAAAUGAAAGAUAUAGUUCAUUACAAGAUUUAAAAAAGAAGAAACAAUAUAAUGGACCAAUAAUAACCUAUGGUAGAUGUAAUGAAACUGAUAAAUUUUAUGAAUAUUAUUUACCACCUUCAGAAGAUGAUGUUAGAAAUGAAGAAGGUGAAUUAGAUCAUCGUGAUAUUAGAGUUACAUUUGAUACUGAAACUGAUAAACCAAUACGUGCAAUGAUAAAAUCAAGACUUGAAAAUGGUGAUAUUGAUUUUUCAUGUCCACACAGAGUUCAUGAUUUUAGAAUUUCAUUUAGAAGAGAAAAGAAAAUUGAUAGAUUUCCAGAUUUAAAUGUUGAUAAACCAAAGAAAAUUAGAAGAAAAUCAAGAAUUUCAUACACUUUUGGUAUUUGUAGAAUUGAUUUAACAAGUGUUGAAUCUUUUAAUUGUCAUAAGAAUGGUGAAAUUAUUGAAUCUACAAAAUUAUCUACUUUUGAAAUUGAAGUUGAAUGUGAUACAAGAGUUAUUUUUCAAUCUAAAUCACGUUUAUUUGAUUUGGUAAAUUAUUUAAAGGAAUUUUUAGAUAUUGUAAGAAUGUUAUGUCUCAUUUGUGAACAACAUUUACCAAAUUCAAUCAAUAAUAAUAGCAGCAGCAGUAGUACUAGACAACCUCCACCUCCUGUUCCAAUGGUUGCUAAUAAUUCAUCACGUACUGCUUCUUCUUCUUCUCAUCAUCAGCAACAUCAGCAACAACAAUAUGGAAAUAAUAGAAGAUAA